ACGAUACGCCCCCGCACGGUGUUCGGGACGAUUUGAAGCGAAAAAGAAAAGAAAAGAAAAAUCCCAUGAAUCCACGAUGAAGGACUGCCUGCAGCGGGCUCCCAAAUUGGUUUCGAGUCUUCGGCGGAUUCCCCAUGCGAGGAUCGACAAUGCAGCCAUGUCUCGCUUGGGCUACGCGUGCGACCAGGGCGUUCAAUCCCGGCCGGCCCUUCUCCCUGUUCCAUGGCAACGUUCCCACCUUCGGCUUCCCGCCAUCCCGACCCCAUUCGAUCAACAUCUUACAUCACAUCCUUGAUUUCGCACGACUCAAUGGACUCUCUAUGAUUCAGGCGCUCUCGUUUCCACAGCGCUUUCUCAAUUGUUUUCUCUUCUGCUGGGCAGGACGGAACGGAGUUAACGGUAAAUUGGACUUGGUCUCACUGACCGUGCUGCAAAAGCAACCAGACGAAUUCCAUAAUUCCCACGAUCUUGAUUCCCCUUUCUCGUAUAUUAUGCCAAACGUCUCCCCCCCGUUCAAUUUCCUGUUUGUUGAAUCGCGUUCUGAGAAGCGAUAUACGACUCCCUUUCUAUACCUCUAUGAAGAAUCGCGUUUCCUCUGCUCCUGUUUCGACUUUUACCACUUUGACUGGGUGGAAGGACGUCGAAGGAUCUUGGCGCAUGAGUCUUAUGGCUAGGAGGUCAAUCAAUAUCUGAUAGUAUUUGGAGGCCACGCUCAACUCUCAUCACACAUGUACCGUUGAUAUAUCGUGUCCCUCCGACGGGCCUCUUGUUUAUAUGUUUGCUGGGCGUCAUAUACUCUAUACGGACUGUCCGCGAGGACUAAGGAACUGGCGCAUCCA